GCAUUAGUUCAAGGGGUGUUCGCUGCAUGCUAAUUUUUUCCAUGCUUUGUUUUGUUUCCUGGAGACCGCGGCUUUCCAGAAGAAUGGAAUAAAAGAUUAAGGGCAAGUGUCCUGGACUGCCAUACUGAUGGGGAAGUACAUUCUUCAGUAAAAGGGAACCGACUCUCUCUCAGUAACAAAAAACCGCAACAAACACUCAGAGCUGAUUCCAAACCAUGGAUGUUUCAGAUCCCGAAGACAACAGCUAUGAGGACUAUUAUAACUCAGAAGGACUUGAGGAUUUUGGACUCUGCAAGAAGACACAUGUAAAGGAAUUCAGCAAUGCAUUUCUACCUGUGUUCUACUCUAUUACCUGUGCACUGAGCAUUAUUGCUAAUUUGACUCUUCUAAUAUUGUUCAUCAAAUACAAAACCCUGAGGAAGGUGUUGCCUCUGCACAUGGUCAUAUCGGAUAUUCUUUUCACACUGACUCUUCCGUUCUGGGCAGUGUAUGCCAGCAGUGAGUGGAUCUUUGGUGAUCCAAGCUGUAAGGCAAUCUCAUUGGUUUACAUGGUGAGUUUGUAUAGCAGCAACCUGUUUGUUGCUAGUCAGAGCUUGCAGAGAUUUUUGGACAUUGCAUGUGUUGUGUCUACCACCAGCAUCAUGAACAGUCCAAAGAGGAAUAAUAUUAUGUGCAUUUUGGUGUGGCUUUUUUCAGUUUUGGGUGCAGCUGCUCAUGUCAGCUUUGUUGAGAUGCAAAAGUUCCACGAACACUACAUUUGCACUCAUCACUUCAACGACAAAGUCGGCUGGAAAAUUUAUUUAAGAUUUCAGAUGAACAUACUUGGGUUCGUCGUACCAUUCCUAGUGCUCCUAUUUUGCUCCGUCCGACUACCUUGUGCUGUUGUGGUGAGGAGCACACUCAAGGUGUUUAGACACGAAACCGGAUUCACCGUCAUGUUUUUUCUUCUCUGGUUCCCUUACAGUGUUGUCAUUUUCUUGCAUGCUUUGCAAGACCUUCACAUUUUUUAUGCAUGUACCACUAACAUACACUUUGACUUUGCUAUUCACGUGACAGAAUGUAUUGCCUUCAUGCAUGUUUUUAUCAAUCCUGUUUUGUACAUUGUUUUAAACAAAAAAGUCUGGAGACGACUCAGAAAUGCCUGUAAAACACCAAGGGAGUAUCUGCUUGAGGAAUCCAACAGUUCAUCACUCGUCUCAAAUCCAGGUGGAGCUAUAGAGCUGAAGGCGGUUCAGCGAUAUCAAGCUCAUGACCUGAGCAUUAGUGCUGAACGACCUGGCAAUUUCUUACCUGAGCCAAUGUAAAAGCUUCAUUUUGUUUCUCACAGUUUGAUAGUUAUGCCAACGAUGACAUUUAUACUUUAUUACUCACUGUAUGAUUUCUUCUUGCAUUUUGUAUAUAGAAUUAUACAUGUGUACUCUACCAUAAAUAUAUUUUAUAAGAGAGAUAUCAACACAGAGAAUAUACAGUUUAUAAAAUGUAUUUUAUAUGUUAAUAUAUAUAGUCAGCAAAGGCUGAUGUAACAAAUAUAAAACCAAAGUCAUAUUCAUGCAUGUGUGUCUCUGAUUUUCUUACACCCUGUCAGAUGUCCAAAAAUAAAUAAACACACACACACACACUGCAUAUAUACUGGAUAAUUUUGCUGUCAAACUAAAAUGCUUAUGAAAUGACUCUAUAAUAUGUGUCAAGAAAAAAAGAUAAUGUAAAAGACACUGUUCAGUGCCUCUGAGAAAUGCUGAAUCAGGUCAUCCAGUGGUCUUUCCCCAACAUUCUUAUCAUAAAGAUAACGGUAGCCUUGACCGUUCACAUUUUGGAUUAAAAUUACUCUCUUAGAAUUUGGAACCACAGUUAAACAAUGCUCAGAGGAUAUUUAUUUUUUUUUUUUUUAUCUUCAAGAACUUUCGAGAAUCUUGGAUAGAUGUGAGAUUUGUUUUGAUAUCAGAAUCCAUACAAAGAAAGC